AUGGAUCCCUCAGCCGAGAUAACAGAUUUUAAGAGGAAGCAGGAGUUCAUCGACCACCUGUACAACGUUGCCGAUUCGUCAUAUGGGAUGCCGACAAGCUGUCCGUGUGGUGGUAGAAUCAUCGACGAGGUUCGGGUGAAGGAGGAGUACGACACGCGUCCCGGGAAGCGCUUCUUCAGCUGCAUAAACUACGAGAUGUUUGACGAAGAAUUUGAUAAUAUCAUCGACUCCCUACUAGAUGUUCAAACCAACAAGCCCAAAAAAAGAGCUUAUAUUGAAAGAGAUCGGGAACAAGGACACAUUCAACUAUGGAACGACUAUUUCCACGAAAAUCCCACUUACCCGCCGGUGAUGUUUAGGCGGCGUUUUCGAAUGAACAAACCCUUGUUCCUCCGCAUUGUUGAUCGCCUUACUACUGAAGUUCCAUACUUUCAGCAAAGAAGAAAUGCUCACGGCAGGUACGGCCUAUCACCACUUCAAAAAUGUACUGCAGCUAUACGUAUGCUCGCAUAUGGUCAAUCUGGAGAUACGUAUGACGAAUAUCUUCGACUUGGUGAAAGUACUGCACUUUUAUGUUUAGAACAUUUCACUAAUGGGAUAGUACAAUUGUUUGGAGUUGAGUAUCUAAGAACACCAACACCGGAAGAUCUUCAACGAUUACUCGACAUUGGCGAGAAGCGCGGGUUUCCCGGGAUGAUAGGCAGCAUUGAUUGUAUGCAUUGGCAGUGGAAGAACUGUCCAACGGCUUGGAGAGGCCAAUACACCCGUGUUUUUGAUGAUAUACUGCAAGGUCGAGCCCCUAAAGUUAAAUUCAAGGUCAACAACCACACUUACCGUAUGGCGUACUACCUUACUGACGGAAUUUAUCCGAAUUGGUCAACAUUUAUCCAAUCCAUCCCACUUCCUCAAGGUCCUAAAGCUGAGCUAUUUGCCCAACGUCAAGAAUCCACCAGAAAAGAUGUCGAACGUGCUUUCGGGGUUUUGCAAUCGAGGUUUGCAAUAGUUAAAAACCCUGCUCUACUAUGGGACAAGGAAAAGAUAGGGAAAAUUAUGAGAACUUGUGUCAUAUUGCACAAUAUGAUAGUGGAGGACGAACGAGACGGAUACAGUCUUACUGAUACAUCUGAGUUCGAGUCAGGAGAGUCAAGCAGAGGUUCGAAGGUCAAAACGAGAGAAAGUUUGCAUGCACAUAAUAUGCUAGGCAUGCGCAAUGAACUUCGGGAUUCAGGAAAACAUGAUAGGUUGAAAGCUGAUUUAGUUGAAAAUGUAUGGCAAAAAUUCGGUAAUGAAUAA